AUGUCCAUCUUCAACGCCCUGCUGAAAGGCGGCAAGGAUGGUCGGAAAUUCUCUAAUACGGCACAGAUAGCGGGCGAUCUGAAUGAGAGGCGUUCCAGGAUUCCUUCAAUCCGUGAUUUUGAGAUCAUCAAGCCAAUCAGUCGCGGAGCUUUCGGAAAAGUGUACUUAGCUCGGAAGCGGACCACGCAGGAUUUGUAUGCGGUCAAAAUUCUAAAGAAGCAAGACAUGAUCAGGAAAAACAUGGUAUCUCACGUAUUGGCAGAGCGGAAGGUUCUCGCCCUGUCGCGAAACCCGUUUGUCGUGAAGUUAUUCUAUGCGUUUCAGAGUAGAGAAUACCUGUACCUCGUCAUGGAGUAUCUGCCUGGAGGCGACUUGAGCUCCUUGCUCGCAGCAUUCGGCACCUUCGAAGAACCCAUGGCUCGCAUGUAUGGUGCGGAGGUCACGAUUGCAUUGGAAUACCUGCAUGCAAACGGGAUACGACACAGGGACUUGAAACCGGACAAUAUUUUGAUCAACGAGAAGGGUCACACCAAACUGACAGACUUUGGACUGUCGCGAAUUCAAGUACCCGAUCAGGAACUCGGCUCUGGGAAUCCGGAACAAGUCCUGAGCCAUCUCAAUACCCUCUCGAGACGGAAAAGAACCACGAGAAGCACGACCAUUAAAUCUUCAGAAACCGCAGAAUCUCCCAACUCGGACGGUGGUGGCACGAGUCCUGGAGCGACGCGCACUUCUUCGAUAGCACAACGCCGGAAUAGUUGUAGAAUCCGACGGCAAAACUCAAAUAAGGUCUUGGUUGGCACGCCUGAUUAUCUGGCCCCGGAGCUCCUCCUCGGACUCGGACAUGGGCCAGAGGUGGAUUGGUGGGCGUUUGGGAUCUGCAUGUACGAGUGGGUGGUCGGCUUCCCACCAUUCUCCGAUGACACGCCUGAAGCUAUCUUUGCAAACAUUCUGGAAGGCGUGAUAGAAUGGCCCGAGUCGGACAUGUCUCCGGAGGCUCGAGAUCUAAUAGAGCGAUUGUUGAACCCAAACCCCAAAGAAAGGCUGUCGGCGGAAGGAGUGAAGAAACAUCCUUUUUUUGCCGAAGUGGAGUGGGAUAAAAUUCGAGAGCAGCCCGCCCCUUUCAUACCCAGCAUCGGAGAUGUAACUGACACGAGUUACUUUGAUGGUGAGAACAUUUCACGGCGGGCUGCCGUGGCAUUUCUUGCGCUAAUGAGCCUCAUCCAAUCACAGUGCGCAACGAAAGGCCAGACAUCCGAAGGUUGUCGAAGCACAGUUUGCGCAACUUUGGGCCCUCUUUAG